AUGGUGAUUCGUCUGUCUUGUUCUGCAAUCCUUGCCAGCCACAUUUUCAACUGGAUUGCGGAUGACACCACCUGGCGAUCAUGCGAAGCCUUUUUCCUGCCAUGGGCGGAAUAUACUCGCUCGGACAUGAAUUCAGAUUCGAGCCUUUGUAAUGCUGACCCCCAGGUCAGCGAGUGGUGUGAAACUAUCCAUUUGUUUGAGAGCCGCUGUAACGAUCCGGUUCGGUUGACAUCCCUACUCCAGUACUACGCUUGGACCGGACUGGGCAUGGAGUGCACCAACUACACAGGCGACAUUAGCGUCACAGCAGUCGCUGAGCACUUCCCUUGGUAUCUUCCGUACUGUGAAACUCUCAACGGUACAGAAAUCGGCUGCUACGCGCUGGAGGACGAGAACUUGGAGAUCGGAGAGAAAUUGAUCAUCUGGACAGAUGACAAGGAAAUCGGCUUGAAUGAAGCGUGCGAGGCAUGGCCUCAAACGUUGCGCGUUGUCUACAACUGUCAGAUGUUUUUCCAUGACACCAACUACUGCCAACAUACCUCGGACACUACGGCCGGGGAAACCGAAUGGGAUAGGCAAUUGGGGCAGUCUUGUGAGGCCCAUCGCUGUGUGGAUUCUCUACCGGAUUGGUUGUAUUUCUUGGAUGAUGUUGAGAAAAAGAUGUACUGCAAAUGCCAGCAAUGCACACCCUGGUGGAGAAUGAAUGAGUGCACGUUGGAGGCAGUGGAUACGGCCACGCGCCGGAUCAUGGAACAGCAACUGUUAUAUGGACUUGAUUGGGGUGAGGCCUUAUCGGAUCCACGAUUUGGGAUCCUAUUUGCGAAAGAGGAGCUCGCGAUUCAGGAGGAGCUGGCAGCCAACGGAAGUAUCCAAACAUGGUACGGCCCGUUUUUCAGCCGGCUGUCGAUGUUGACAGAAGUGGGAUUUUGCGUGGCCGACUUCGUGAUGGAUCUCCAAAUGGUGCUCGUUUACUGCUACACCUACCACUAUAUAUUCGCAGCCAUCCAAGGCUGCAUGGCGUUGCGGAGCUUUCUUGAACAGGUGUUCUUCCGGGGCCUCCUUUCCUUCAUUCGGGAGACACGACUCUCCUUGAAAUCCAACGUGCGGACAGACUAUUUCGUGUCUCUGGUGCAGAGUGAGAAAACCGGAGAAGCCACUUUGUCGUUUCUUCUUCAAGUCUACACCUUCUUCUACAUGGGUCAGGAGGUGGUAGCAUAUUGGACAGCAGCGAUCUCCUUGCUGAUCAGCGCGCGAGGUCUCACGCAGGGCUGCUACGUUCACUUCGAUCUGGCUUUCAUGACAUCCGAAGAUCAGCAGCCGAUGCGAGAUCUGCAACGUGAUCCGGAGGUGGUGCCGAGUUUCUCCUCUGUUCUGCCAGACCCAGAAACGAGCGUACAUCGCAAGAGAAAUGUGCCUAAUCAUGCAAAGCCAGCGCCUGCACCACCCAAGCAAAUUCCAGAGAGCGUUGGGGUGGAUCUAUCGCCGGAGGUUCGGGCAGAAACUUACGUUAGGAGAGAUACAGGAAGAGGCUGA